UUAGUACAAAUGUUGAUGGGGUUUUUUUUUUCCUUCAAAAAAAUCGCUAGGCGGUGUUUAGGAAGUUUGACUUGGACAAGUCCGGCACAAUGAGCUCUUAUGAAAUGCGUCUGGCGCUAGAAUCAGCAGGCUUCAAGUUGACCAACAAUUUGUUCCAGUUGAUAAUCCUACGCUACGCAAAGCCAGACCUCAACGUGGACUUUGACAGCUUUGUGUCCUGUCUGAUCCGCCUGGAGACUAUGUUCAAAACUUUUAAAACAAUGGACGCUGAUGAAAAUGGAUUGGUAUCCUUCAGCUUCACCCAGUGGAUCACCCUCACUAUGUUUACUUAGAUGGAUGUUCCUCUUCCUCAGUGCUUCCUCUGUCCUUACUUCCUCUUCUUUACUACAUGCCUCCUGUAACCUCAGUAGUAUUCAUGAAGUGGGUAAAUGACUGACAAUAAGGAACUCAUACUAUCAUGACAUGAUGGAUGCAGUUUUCAUUCAGUAAGAAAGGAAAGGAAAGCAAACAUUGAGAUGAAACUGCCAACAGAAUAUACUCAGAAAAAGCAGUGUUUGUUUACACUACAAUUCAAACGUUUGGGGUCAGAAAGAUUUUUUUUUAAAUAAGUUAAUACUUCUAUAU